GAGCGGAGCUGGAGGUGGGAGGGGCCUGGCAUGGCUGACGUCAGCGGCUGUGUGGAGGAGUAUAGGCUGUGCUGUCAGCCCAGUGUCAGUCUGAUGAAGAUUGGCAUGCAGGCUGCGUUUGAAGAGUUGGAUACUGGGCCAGCGAGCAGAGAACAACAUUGAAAGCUGCUGCGUUGCUGUGGGCAAGCCAACUUCCAGAUGUGCAGCUAACCCAUGAUGCAACAUGCGUCCCCAGCACCUGCAGUGACAAUGAUGGCCACCCAGAGCGUUCCUCCACCAUCGUACCAGGAGAGCCAACAGAUGACGGGCACCACUCAGCAGAACACCAAGACCCCACAGGUCCAUAUCCCAGCAGCCUCUGCAGCAGGAAAUGCCUCUGUCAGCGUGACCCUUGACCCCCAGGCCCAACUUGAGUCCGACAAGAGGGCCGUUUACAGACAUCCGUUGUUCCCUCUGCUGGCGCUGUUGUUUGAGAAAUGUGAGCAGGCCACGCAGGGAUCUGAAUGCAUCACAUCAGCCAGCUUUGAUGUGGACAUUGAAAACUUUGUGCAUCAGCAGGAGCGAGAACACAAGCCCUUCUUCAGUGAAGAUCCAGAGUUGGACAACUUGAUGGUGAAGGCCAUUCAGGUGUUGCGAAUCCACCUAUUAGAGUUAGAGAAGGUCAAUGAGCUCUGUAAAGAUUUCUGCAACCGUUACAUCACCUGCCUCAAGACCAAGAUGCACAGCGACAACCUCCUCCGUAACGACCUGGGAGGACCCUACUCUCCGUCACACACCAGUCUCAACAUGCAGCAGGAACUAAUUCAGACCUCCUCUCCAUCCAUGACCUCUGUCUCCAGCUCUGUUAACCCUUCAGGGAUAUUGGUGCCCGCCGGGGGUCUGCAACAGAGCAAUGUCACCAUGACAACCAUCAACUCUCAAGUGGUAUCGGGUGGGACCCUGUACCAGCCGGUUGCCAUGGUGACAUCGCAAGGGCAAGUGUUAACGCAGGCGCUGCCGCCGGGAACCAUUCAGAUCCAGAACUCCCAGGUGGACCUGUCGUCCCUGUUGGACAGCGAAGACAAAAAGUCCAAGAAUAAACGGGGGGUACUGCCCAAACAUGCCACUAACAUCAUGCGCUCCUGGCUCUUUCAGCAUCUCAUGCACCCGUAUCCGACAGAAGACGAGAAAAGGCAGAUCGCAGCACAGACAAAUCUGACCCUUUUGCAAGUCAACAACUGGUUCAUCAACGCCCGCCGGCGGAUCCUCCAGCCCAUGUUGGAUGCCAGUAACCCAGACCCAGCUCCUAAAGCCAAGAAGAUGAAGUCCCAGCACCGUCCGACGCAGCGCUUCUGGCCGGACUCCAUCGUGGCGGGAGUUCUGCAGACGCACAGAUCAGGAAACAACUCCGACAACCCGCUGAGCAUGGACAGCCUCCAGUCCCUGUCGUCAGACUCGGCCACCCUGGCCAUGCAGCAAGCCAUGCUGGGAGCCGACGACUCCAUGGACGGCAGCGAGGACGAGGACGACGAGGAAGAAGAGGAGGAAGAGGAGGAAGGAAUGGAAGAGGAAGAGGAGGACGAGGAGGAAGGAGAGGAGGAAAAUGAGACGGGUAGACAGAUGGCCAGCGGAGGAGGAGGAGGAAGAAGAGAUCUGCGCAUGGAGCACCGAGAGGAACUGGAGUAGGCCACUACAGGAAGAAACUGUAUGAACUUUGACCUGUCCCCAAAAUACUCAACUAGGACAGCUCUGAUGAGAGGGGACUCUGGGGAGCAAGCGUGGCAUAUUAGGUUUUGUCCGAAUUCAUACAGAGACGCUCAUGCAGAGCCACCAUGGAGUGUAACGAUGAAUAUGUGUUGUUGCAUUUUUACUGUUGUAUGUUCUCAUGCAGUGAGCUCUCGAAAUAUUUGGAUAGUAGCACAUUUGUUUUUACUUUAUAGCUCCUGUUUUUUUAUGGACAGAAAUGGCACAAAGGCUGAAAAGCUUUUACGUCCAGUUGAAAAUCCAGACAUUUGAAUCACUUUACAGUAACAGUUAGUAACAGUUGAAGGAUACUUUCAGAAAGCCAUGCCGUUUUUAAGGCUGUUAAACGAGAAAACCGGAGAACCAUGAGUCUUGAUGACACAUGCACCAAGAAACUGGAGAAAAAAUAAUAUUUGCACAGUGAGAUUUUUUUGACUGUAUGUGAAAAACAACAACGCAGAAUGAAUGUAAUCUUGGCACCAUACAAUAACUUAGCUUUUGAAAAAGUACUAUCAAUUUCCAACAGACCUUUGCAGUCCUUGUGUGAUUUUGCUACCUAAAAAUACGAGCGAGGAGCUAAAAAGAGAGCUGAAAUGCUGUUCAGAUAUCUGCAGAAGUGACUGUACGCAUUUGGCUUCCACUGCUGGGACAUCAUUCACGCCUUUAAGAUUGACUCAUAGGUUCUCAGGUCGAACUACACUCAUUUGGCGUGUUUCUUCCUCAUGAGCAUCUGACUCACUGCUGCAGCAAACCUUUUAGAGCAUGACUUUAAAAGAAUGUUAGUUCAUUUUUCUGUUCAUUUUUCUUCUCCCACGAGCAAAGAAAAACGUAAUGAAGCCGUGUAUGCUGACUGCACAUACAGGUAUGUAUACCACAUUUUUCCUAUGUUUGCGUUCUGGUGUUGAAGAGUUUGCAUAUUUAUUCUAUUUUCAUUUUGUUUUUGCGUGGCCCUUAGAAAGUAGCUUAAGGAACAACAUGAUCAUGACAUUGCUCUGCAUAUACUGCGGGUGGUUGCGUGUGGGUGGGGGGAUUUGAUCAUGCAUCACAAAACAUGCAAGAAUGAAAUCUCCCUUCCAUUACCAACAUGGAAAUAGUGCCACUCAGUCAGCCAUGCCGAAACAAUUAAAUAUGCACUUCAAUAUUCAAUAGAAAACACAGCGCUUUCAAGCUGGAGAGAGUUCACUUCGUGGGAAAAACAAAAUGCUUUCACCCAGGAAACGCUCGUUUGUUCCUCGGGAAUGUCUUAAUCCAAACAGCGAUCUUUUUCAUGAACGAGUCAUUUUGUUGCCUAAACUUAACUGCCAUUGACGCAUGACGCCCACUUUUUCUGGCUAAUCUACACUAGCACGGCCGCUGAAUAUUCCGUCACCUGGCAUUGCCUGUAACCGGCUCUCAGUCACCUGUUGGCGGCUAAACAAAUGGCGCUAACCAGCGCUAGCGGCUAAGUACAACCAUCAACUGCUGCUCGGAUUUCAUCAUUCUUUGGCACUAUAGACUAAUCACGUAGCAAUGGUUAUAUCUCACGCAUCCCCCUUUGAGAAAUGCACCCUGACUGUAAGUCUGGCAAACUUUCUGAAGGUGUUAGUUGGUGGCCAGGCACGUACUUGACAUCAACCAUGAAGUUGGGGUUUUAUUUUUUUGUGACCUAUGUGAUUCUGUCACAGAACGAGAGCAUGGCGAGCACUGCCUGUCACUCCAAACUGUCUAAGCCACAUCUCAACACAGAGGGAACUCACACAGAGAUGGCCACUGACUUUGGAAUCUACAACCCCAACAGAUCCACUGUCUUUUACUGACAAACUUUUUCAAGGAGACAAAGAAGACAAUUUUGUGUAAAAAGACAAAGAGAGGAAAGAAUGUCCGUGGAAAGGUCUCUUUCAGUUUUACAGGAUUGAUUUAGAAGAAACUGUGAAACAAUUUCAGCUCUCUGUUUUGUACUGACACAUGCAAAUGGAGUCGCUCGUUUCUAAUGUGAAGAUGUCUAGAAAAA